AUGUUCGAUAGACAACAGUUUGCUACGGGCAAAGCUGAACAUAAGGUCUUCACCUGGUGGACCAAGCAUAUCGCUGAUCAGGAUGCUCUCGAUGCCACCAAGAUUGAUAUCCAGGAGAUGGCCAAUAUUGUUGCCCAGUCAGGAACUAUUACCGAAUUGUGCCAGGCAUUCUGGGGCAGGGGUGAGCCCCACGAGCAGACAAUCCUCAAUAUCGGAGUCUUGCGUUUCCCAGACCCCUCACAUGCCUAUUUCAAGCUUUACCGUAUCAAGUUGUCCGCUUGGGUGGACGGUUCGCGCACGACCUUUGAGAUGUGUGAUAUGAAUGCAACGAAAGGAGAAUUCUACUCGCGGAUCUUUAAGGCGCGAAAAGCUGCUAUUGACCAACUUAAACCGGAAGCUCGUGCGAAUGUUGUGCAAGAGGGUGAAGACCUUUUUGCUUGA